AUGCCCAAUUGCGAUUGGGGCCGUCCAUGUUGUUGUAGCGACUGUACCUCGAUAACAUACAUUAAAAAAUGUUCACAUUGCGAUAUUGAGACUACUGAUUUGAUCGGGGUUUCGAAUUACACAGUUGAUCAUAAAGGUAUGUCUGGUUAUGAUAAAAAAGCUUUGUGCAAAACCUGUCAUGAAAAAUGGUCAGAAAAACAAAAAUCUAUGGAAUUAAAAAAACAACAACGACGAAAAAUCGAGGAUGAAAAAAGACGUGAUUUUAUGAAUCAUUUGGAGCGAUCGCAACAAACAAACGAUGGUCAAAUGGUUCCGAUCAAACAAUUGUACCGAAAACUGGGUGUAGAAUCGUCAGGACGUUUCAACGACAGCUUUGUGAGCAGAUUACCGAUAAAAUUUAAAAAAAUAAAAAAUAGAUACUAUUGUUAUAAAACUGUCGUGGAUAAUUUUAAUAUUGAAUUAUAUAAUAAAUAUAAAUCUGCAUAA